AGCCCCGUCUCUGCUUAUACAUCGGAGCAUAAAGUAAUCGCUUGACAUGGAGAUCAUCCUGCGGCUGCUCGCCUUCGUGGUGAAUGCCUUCGGCAUGCUGGUGAACAAGAUCUUGGAUCUGGUGAUGGUCCGCAGGCUGCCCGACUUUCCGCCCAUCAGCGAUCCCCUGCUGAACAGGCCCGUCGUUCAGCUGGCCACCCAAUUGCGUCGCGGUGAGAUUAGCUCGGUUCAGUUGGUCGGCGCGUACAUCGCACGUGUCCGCGAAGUGAAUCCCGCCCUGAAUGCCGUGGUCGAUGAGCGCUUCAAGGCGGCCCUGACGGAUGCCCAGCUGGCCGAUGACUUCAUAGCCCGAGCCAGCACAGAAUUCGAUCGGGUGGCCCUGUUCACGCGCUAUCCGAUCCUGGGAGUCCCAUUUACCGUCAAGGAAUCCUGCAGCGUGAAGGGCCUCUCCUUUGCCGUGGGCAGCAUUAUCCGCAAGGACAUGAAGGCCGCCAAGGAUGGAGAGGUUGUCGAGCUGCUCCGCGCUGCCGGCGGCAUUCCGCUGCUCGUCUCCGCCACUCCCGAGUUCUGCAUGAGCUUCGAGACGAGCACCGUGAUCAAUGGGCGCUGUGUGAAUCCCUACGACAUGCGCCGCUCUUCGGCGGGCUCCUCCGGUGGCGAGGGAACACUCAAUGGCUGCGGAGCCACGACCUUCGGUGUUGGCUCUGACAUUAGUGGCUCCAUCCGUUUGCCCGCCAUGUUCUGUGGAGUGUUUGGGCACAAGCCGACGGGCGGUCUGAUAUCGGUCAAGGGUCAUUUCCCCUACUCGUUGACCGACAAGACUUUCCCGAACAUGCUGCAGAUUGGACCCAUCACUCGCUUUGCCCGCGACAUGCCGCUGCUCCUCGAGAUCAUGGCUGGAGAUAACAAACACAAGCUGAAGAUGGAAGAACCAGUGGCCCUCAAGGACAUAAAGAUCUACUACUCCUACGGCUACUCCGGUUUGAACUGCUUCACCCAUCCCGUGGUGGACUUUGAGAUCAAGCUGGCCGUCACGAAGGCAGUGAAAUGCUUUGAGAAAGCGGGCAUACAAGCAAAACAGCUGGAUCUGAGUUUUCUGAGCAACUCCUUGGAGAUUGCGUUGGUUUCGCUGGUGGAUCUUAAGGGUAUUCCCAGCAUUGUGACACAGCGACCCGACCGUCCGCCCUCCAUGCGGCUGCUGAUCAUUGAGUUCAUGAACAGCCUCAUAGGUCACUCGCUGUUCACCAAGGAGGCCAUGUUUCUGGAGUUGAUGCAGCGGUUCAAUGGCCUCAUGGCCUCUGGGAAUAUGCAAGCUUACCGCGACGAGGUGGAUAAGAUCAAAGACCACAUGAUUGAACUUUUGGGCAAUCGCGGUGUCCUCUUGCUGCCCACCUUCCACACGAGUGCGCUCGGCUUCCACACCUCCAUAGUGAACGUGACAGGCAUCGACAACAUGUCGCUCUUCAAUAUCCUCGGCCUGCCGGCCACCCAUGUGCCAAUGGGCCUCAACCAGCGCGGCAUGCCAAUUGGCAUCCAGGUGGUAGCGGCGCCCUACCAGGACAAGCUCUGUCUCCAGAUUGCCGCCGAGCUGGAGGCCGUCUUCAAGGGCUGGGUGCCGCCGGUGCCGCACGCAAUUGUGUCUAAGUGAAACUUCCAUUUUAGUUAAGGUUUGUGGUUUAGUUCAUUUGAAUGUUGUAAAGUUCAUUGUCGAACUGUUUAUUAUAUUUCUUUUUCGUACGGCCAGGUGGCGCUUGAAGUCGAAAUUACCAUCAUUAUGAGUGUGUAAUCAUUCUACCAGUCUACCAUAAUUCAUCUCAAUUUUGAAGAUUAUAAUUAUUACAGCCGAAUAAAAAUUAUGACUGGUUUUCUCCACA